AUGGCGGAUUCCACUGCUCCAGAUGUUGCGCAAGAGGGGCCAUCUAAGAGCGCCUUGAAAAAGGCUGCCAAAGAAGCAAAAAUGGCCGCAGAUAAAGCCGCGAAAGCUGCCAAAAAUACAGCGCUUCCUGUGGUGGGGGGUAAGAAAACAGAUGAUAUUAUUGGUAUUACGGUCAAGAAGUCGGAAGAUUUCUCACAAUGGUAUCAGGAGGUAGUAUUGAAAGCAGAGAUGAUCGAGUAUUAUAAUGAAAUCUCUGGUUUCUUUAUUUUACGUCCACAAUCUAUGUUUAUCUGGAAUCAGAUCCGAAAUUGGUUUCAAGCGCAAAUUGAGACACUUGAUGUAGAGGAGGCUAGUUUUCCAAUGUUCUUGUCUUCAAAGUCAUUGGAGAAAGAGAAGGACCAUGUUGAGGGUUUUGCUCCUGAGCUUGCUUGGGUUACCAAGGCUGGUGAUAAAGACCUCGAAGUCCCUGUCGCAGUUCGUCCUACUUCUGAAGCUGUCAUGUACCCAUACUAUUCGAAAUGGAUCCGAAGUCAUCGUGACCUUCCUUUGCGCUUAAAUCAGUGGAACAGUGUUGUUCGUUGGGAGGCCAAGCAAACAACUCCAUUCUUGAGAGCUAGAGAAUUCUUAUGGCAAGAAGGUCAUACCGCACAUCUUACAGAAGAACUCGCUGGCGAGGAAGUUCUUCAGAUCCUUGAGUUUUAUGCCGGUGUCUACGAACAAUUAUUGGCAGUUCCGGUUGUUCGUGGUCGCAAAACCGAGAAGGAGAAGUUUGCUGGAGGAUACUAUACUACCACAGUUGAAGGAUAUAUUCCAUCUAAUGGACGUGGUAUUCAAGGUGCUACUUCUCACUGCCUCGGUCAAAACUUUAGUAAGAUGUUCGAUAUUACUGUCGAGGACCCAACUCCAAAAAAUGGUGAAAAGGCUGGUCAUCUUCACGUCUGGCAAAACUCCUGGGGUCUUUCAACUCGUGUUAUCGGUGUCAUGGUCAUGAUUCAUGGUGAUGACAAAGGACUUGUUCUCCCACCACGAAUCGCAAAACUCCAAGCAAUUAUCAUCCCAGUAGGCAUCACAAAUAAAACUACCCCUGAAGAAAAAGCCAAGAGAUACGAUGAACUUCAAUCUAUCAAGGAUACUCUCAAGAAAGCCGGUGUCCGCGCCGAUUACGAUAUCCGCGAUGGAUACACACCAGCCUGGAAAUUCAACGACUGGGAAUUGAAAGGAGUCCCUCUCCGUCUUGAAUAUGGACCAAGAGAUGCCGCCCAAGAAGUCGUCUCUUACGCUCGUCGUGAUACCGGUGAGAAAGGCACGAUUUCUAUUGCAAAUCUUUCGACCGAAAUCCCAGCACUCCUCGAAACCAUUCAAAGCUCUCUCUAUACUAAGGCCGAAGCGUCAUUCAGAGCUCAUCGACUUGUCAUCAACGAAUGGAGCGAAGUCGUUCCUGCACUUGAUGCCAAGAAUGUUGUCCUUAUUCCAUCCUGCUUGGGCGAAAAGUGCGAAGAUAAGAUUAAGGACUUGACGAAGGGUGGUGCUAGUGAAGAAGUCGGACCUGACGGAAAGAAGGUUCCAACGAUGGGAAUGAAGAGUUUGUGUAUUCCAUUUGAGCAACCAGAAGGCCUCGUCAAGGGUGAAACGAAAUGUUUGAACCCAGAGUGUGGAGUGUUGGCGGAGAAAUAUUGGAGUUUGGAGAAAGAGACAAGACGCAUGGGUGAAUGGAAGGAAUAUGAUGAAUGA